AUGAGUGGAAGUGUUAACGGUGGUGAUCCAUGCACUUACAAAAAAGUUGAAGAUGGUCAUAAUAGUCAUAGUGAUUAUCAGAGUCAAUCACAUGGAAAUAUCUCAUUGACUACUGCGGUAAAUUCGACUGGUACCAAUUCUUCUACGAGUAAUUCACACGAACAAAAUUCAUCAACACUAUGGAAUACGACUAAUGACUCGGAAUCGGUGAACAAAUAUGGAAAAACAUCUUGA